GCCACCCUUAUCAGUAGCAUCAUCAAGUCCUUUAUAACCCAAUAAAAGAAAAGAAGCGCCGUUCCUCUUCUCCUCAAAAAGCCACCUCUCCUUUCACCUUCUCUCUGUAGAAACUAUGAAAUUGUUAGUUUAGUUUCCCUGCAAGACUAGUACAUCAAAAGCCCCAAUCACCAAAAUCUGAUAAACAAAAAGGAGAGAUGGGUUAGGCUGCAAAUAAGAGAGGUUGUAGCCUUCUGGGUUUUGUCAGUUUUAUAGGGUUGGGGGAUUGAUAGGAAUGGAAAUAUUGAAUGGCAUAAACUUUUGGGAGAGGCAGUAUCAGGUUUCAGAGUUGUGGCAGUACUUGCACAACCAACAAGAAGAUAUUAUCAUCUACCACCAAUAAAAGCUGGAAAAACAACAGAAGAAAAGGCUCGAGAGCUUGAGUCUGGAUCCUCAAAGGAAUUGUCAACAUUAUCAGCAGCAGCAGCAGCAGCAAUACCGAAAUCCUGUUUUUAAUUCAAGAAAUGUAGAAGAAGAAGAAGAAGGUUUUUAUGUCUAUCAACAACAACAACAACAACAACGAUCUCCUGAUGACCAAAAACAGCAUCAGAUUUUCUUUGCAGGAUUAGACCAAGCUCUGCAACAAAGGCCCAAGAAGCGAAAUUACUUCUCUUCUUCUUCAGGCUUUUCUCCCGGGCAAGGGAGCAUCGAAUAUGCGACAAAAAUGGAGACCCAUCACCGCCCACACCACCAACACCCAGCUGCCACGUCGAGAUUGGGGAUGAGGAACGGAGGCGGCGAGAUCGUGGAAGUCCAGGGAGGUCACAUUGUUCGCUCUUGCGGUAGAAAAGACCGUCACAGCAAGGUUUGUACUGCGAAAGGACCCAGAGACCGCCGUGUGCGGCUCUCUGCGCACACCGCCAUCCAAUUCUACGAUGUGCAAGACCGCCUGGGUUACGACCGACCCAGCAAGGCCGUCGAUUGGCUCAUCAAUAAGGCCAAGACAGCCAUUGACAAGCUCGCCGAGCUCCCGGCAUGGAAACCGAGUUCUGCAUCAACGACGACCACCACCAACACCGCAACAACACUGGCUAGAGCAGGUACUAAUCGACAACAGCGAGACCCAAUUAGCGAUGAAAGAGAUUUCGAGUUUCCAAUCAAAGAAAUUGGGACUGAUUCAACUCGUAAUGGUACCACAACAUCAGAUACAACUGCGACGGCUACGACGUUCAUUGUGGGUAGUGGUGGUGAUGUACGGACUAUUCAGUUGAACGAGAAUUCGAGUUUUUUGCCACCAUCUUUGCACUCGGAUUCUAUUGCUCACACAAUCAAGUCCUUCUUUCCGUUGGAUGCAUCGGCGGAGACAACAUCUGCGCCGGUACAGCUUCAGAGUUACCCUCCAGAUUUGCGUUCGAGAACCAGCAGCCAUAGCCAAGAUUUACGGCUUUCCCUUCAGUCGUUUCGGGAGCCAAUGCUUUUACAAGCCCAGCAGGAACAACAUAAUGACAAUCAAAAUGAAGAGCAAUUAAUCUUCUCUGGAACGAACCAUCAUGAGAAUCAUCACCAUCAGCAUCAUUUGGGAUUUGAUGGGUCUUCUGCUGGAUGGGCAGAGCACCACCAGAACCAUGCAGCAGAUAUUGACAGGUUCCAGAGAAUGGUGGCUUGGAAUGCUAGUGGUGCAGAUACUGGAAGUGUUUACGGUGGUGGAGUCAGUGGUGUGGGAUUUCUCUACAAUCCAGCAACACCCCCUAUUGUGGCUCCACAACUGCCGUUGCUGGGACAAAACCAGUUUUUUUCUCAGAGGGGAACCCUUCAGUCCAGUUACACGCCUUUGGUUCGUGCUUGGAUCGACCCGGUAGUUACUGACAAUCAUCAUCAAUUCACACCGACAAUUCAUCACCAAUCUGCCUUUUCUGGCUUUGGUGGAUCCUUCUCCGGGUACGGCAUUCCUUCACGAAUUCAGGGCGAAGAGGAACACGACGGCCUGGCCAACAAGCUGUCCUCUGCUUCCUCUGAGUCUCACCAUUGAUGAGGACUAAUUUCCAAAAUCUUGAACCUCCAACUGUGUCUUCUUUGAGGAAUUUAUCAAUCUCCGUGAGCGAAUUGAGUAAGAUGGAGCUGUAGGGAUGCAUUGAAGACUAGUUUGAAGCAUUGGGAGGAACAUUUUGGUAAGUUCAAUCAGUGGCAAUUACCGUGGAAGGAGAUAUCUGAUUGGAUUUUCAGGUUCUUCGAUCCUAGGUCUUUAACAUCUUUCCGUUAAUAAUGUUCUAGCUUUGUUUCUGCAUUUGAACGAACUAGUGGACUCAACUUUGUUUGAUGUCUGUGUUUAUUUUUCCAAGACUGAUUUGUGCUUCAUGGAUGCUUGUUUUUAUAUGUUCUAUUUGUACUUUUCUAAUUGACUGAUAAGAAGCAGAACUUGUUUGUGUUUAUGGAUUUUUCAUAUAUUCCUCAAUAUG